AUGCCUCAAUACAAGCUGACCUACUUCGACAUCCGAGGCCUCGGCGAGCCGGCCAGGCAGCUCUUCGCCCUCGCCCACGUCGAGUUUGAGGACAACCGGAUCAAGAAGGAAAAUUGGCUCGAGUUGAAGCCGACCACUCCAUUCGGAAAGCUUCCAAUUCUCGAAGUCGACGGGAAGGAGCUCGCCCAAUCGAAGGCCAUCUACCGCUACCUGGGCAAGCAGUUCGGCUUCGCCGGAGCCGACGACUGGGAGUCCGCUCAAAUCGACCAGUGGGCCGAUCAGCUCCAAGAUUACGGGACCGCCAUGAGGCCGUGGUCGGCGGUAGCUGGCGGAUAUACCGAGGGGGACAAAGAGAAGCUGUACAAGGAGGUGGCCGAGCCGGCUCGUGAUCAGCAUCUGCCCCUCAUCGUCAAGCAGCUCAAAGCGAAUGGAUCUGGAUUUUUGGUCGGCUCUAAAGUCUCUUGGGUAGAUCUGGCGUUUCUGACCACCCUCGAGAAGACGCUCACCUCGGCGCCAAACUUUUUGGAGAAGUACCCGGAGAUCACCGCCUACGUCAAGAAGAUUCAUGAAAUCCCCGAAAUCAAAGAAAGUAACGAUAAGCAGGGGUUGAACUAU